AUGGACAUGGCGAAUACACGAGAUGAUGCUCCAUCAGAGCACAGGCACCAUGUUGCUAAGCGGAGGUCUUUAGAUUUCCUUGAAAAAUUUGGAUCUGUCUCCUUGGAUUCCAAAGAAGAAAUUCUGAGAAAUAAAGAACCUUCCUACAAUGUGAAAGAUGAUCGGUUGUCAUAUAAGACGGCAUCACAGAUACUUUGGAGCACUGGAAUACUUUCUGAACCAAUUCCAAAUGGUUUCUACUAUGUUGUUCCCGAUAAAAUGCUCAAGGAACUGUAUGAAGAUAUACCUACUCUGGAGGAGCUUCAUGCUUUGGAGCUUGGGGGUUUGAGAGCCGAGGUCAUUCUUGUGGAUUCAGUGAAAGAUAAGAAACUUUCCAUGCUUAAGCAGCUAAUUGUGGCUCUUGUCAAGGGCUUGAAUGCGAAUCCUGCAGCUAUGAUUAAAAAGAUUGCUGGAUUGGUGUCUGAUGUUUAUGGACGGCCAAAUUCAGAACUGAGUCCAAAGAAAGCUGUUCUUGAGGACACCUCUCAUAUAUCUGAAAAUCAAGGGGUGCAGGUGCUGGGCCAAAUAAAGCAUGGUUCAUGCAGACCUCGAGCAAUAUUGUUUAAAGUUCUUGCAGAUACUGUAGGACUUGAAAAUACGCUAGUGGUGGGUUUGCCUACUGAAGGAGAUUCUGAGUGUGUCGACUCAUGCAAACAUAUGUCUGUCUUAGUUGUGCUGAAUUCUGUCGAACUAUUAGUUGAUCUCAUGCGGUUUCCUGGCCAGCUGAUCCCACGAUCAACCAAGGCUAUCUUUAUGACUCACAUAUCUGCUGCCGGGGAGAGUGAUUCAGCAGAAAAUGAGUCUUGUGAUUCUCCGAUGGGACCAAACAGUCCUCUAUAUGGGGUGUCAGAGACAGUUGAUCCUGAGAGUGCUAAGAAAGAAGAUGGCCUCCUGUAUCAGCGUAGAUUUGAAGCAUCUUCAAAUGCAGCUGGGCCUUCAUUGAGGAAUAUGAUGUUACGAUCGAACUCCGUUGAUAGAAAACUGAACUUACCACACAGCGAACCUAAUAUUGCUGCUACAUUUUGGCGAAGGGGCCGGAGGCAGAUCAUUCCUGAACAAAGGACUGCCAGUUCAAGUCCGGAGCAUCCUUCAUUUCACACACGUGGUCGAUCCAUGCUUAGUGGAGAUAGCAAAUCUUUCAGAGAUUAUUCUAAUGACAAAACUACAUCAAGGUCAGAAGGUGCAUCAACACCAGAUAUACGGAGAACAAGGAGGAGAAGUAUAAGCAUGACUCCGGAAAUUGGUGAUGACAUCGUAAGGGCUGUACGAGCAAUGAAUGAAUCAUUAAAGCUGAAUCGUGUCUUAAGAGAACAACAGGAAACUAGCUCGUAUUCCUUUGGUUCAACUGACCAACACGGCACAGAUCAGCAAAAAGAUGAUAACAUGUCUGGUGGAAGGUCUUCCUUGUAUUCUCCUCGAAGGCCAAACAACUCUCAGAAGGCAAUGUCGUUACCUUCAUCUCCUCAUGAACUUAGCAGUCCGACUCCAGAUAGAAUAGGAACUCACAAGGUAAAAGAAGAAAUGGUUUCAGCAUGGAACAGAGUACUGGGACUACCUAUGUUCCAGAACAAGCCUCUGCUGCCAUUUGAAGAAUGGAAUAUUGAUUUUUCGGAGUUAACUGUUGGCACUCGCGUUGGGAUUGGGUUUUUUGGGGAAGUUUUUCGUGGUGUUUGGAAUGGAACAGAGGUUGCUAUUAAAGUCUUUUUGGAGCAAGAUCUCACUGCUGAAAACAUGGAAGAUUUUUGCAAUGAAAUAUCCAUUCUCAGUCGCCUUCGGCACCCAAACGUCAUAUUAUUUCUUGGUGCCUGCACAAGGCCUCCACAACUGUCAAUGGUCACUGAAUACAUGGAAAUGGGAUCACUGUAUUAUUUGAUUCAUCUGAGUGGUCAGAAGAAUAAGCUGAGUUGGCGGAGGAGAAUUAAAAUGCUGCGUGACAUAUGCAGAGGUUUGAUGUGUAUACAUCGCAUGAAGAUUGUCCACCGCGAUCUUAAAACUGCAAAUUGCCUCGUCAACAAGCACUGGACAGUUAAAAUCUGCGACUUUGGGCUCUCAAGGAUAAUGACAGACACAACCACGAGGGACUCCUCAUCAGCAGGGACACCAGAAUGGAUGGCUCCAGAACUUAUACGCAAUGAACCCUUCACUGUAAAAUGUGACAUUUUCAGCCUCGGAGUUAUAAUGUGGGAACUAUGCACCCUAAAUAAACCAUGGGACGGCAUACCACCAGAGCGGGUUGUUUAUGCCGUAGCAAAUGAAGGGUCGCGGUUGGAGAUACCUGAAGGACCCUUGGGCAGGCUAAUUGCAGAUUGUUGGGCAGAACCAGAUGGACGACCAAGUUGUGAGGAAAUUCUUCCCCGAUUACUAGACUGCGAGUUACCACUUUCCUAA